CACCAGGAGCGUCCGACCUCCAUGUAUGAUCCUCAGCUCCACUUCCUCCAAACCCAUUAAGGUGGAUAAAUCAGUAUGCAAGAAGCGGGCAUUGGUACAACGUGUGAAUAACAAAGCGGGCACAGGGCAUGUAGGGGGGGAUUCGGAUUGGCAGCAGCGUCAUCUGCUUUUCGGAGGAGAUAACGGCUGGGUGUGGGUUGUGCUUGCAGCCGCCGCCGUGGCCCCUGCUCUUUCUGGCAGAGGACGAGCAGGAAGCGGAGGGAAAGCGUCUGUGCCUGCGCAGAGCGGCAAAGAGCUCAGAGUACUACCAGGAAAUUGCAAGCAGCGUGCAACAAAACAAAAGCAGCAUUUACAGAAGCAGCUUCUCCCAACAGUCAGAAACAGGAUCAUGGGAAAGUCAGCUUCCAAACAAUUUGCAGAAGAGGUCUUAAAAGCCCACAACGACUACAGGAAGAAGCACGGUGUUCCUCCACUAAAGCUCUGCAAAAAGUUAAAUAGGGAAGCACAGCAGUAUUCAGAGGCACUUGCUAGUACAAGAAUUCUCAAACACAGUCCUGAAUCUAGCAGUGGGAAAUGUGGAGAAAAUUUAGCAUGGGCUUCAUAUGAUCAGUCAGGAAGUGAAGUAGCUGAGAGAUGGUAUGGUGAAAUUAAAAAUUACAAUUUUCAGAGUCCAGGAUUUUCAUCUGGCACAGGUCACUUCACAGCAAUGGUCUGGAAGAACACAAAAAGGAUGGGGGUUGGAAAAGCAGCAGCAAGUGACGGCUCUACAUUUGUGGUGGCAAGAUACGAGCCUGCUGGCAAUAUCGUAAACCCUGGUCACUAUGAACAAAAUGUUCUUCCUCCAAAGAAAUAACUCCAUCCGGAUUUGGGGAAAGUGCUGUUUAUAGCAGCCAGUGAAAAGCAAAAGUGGGGACCUAUUGGAAUUGAUUGGACAGAAUUUUAAAUGGAGUCAGAUGAUUGUGCAUGCUUGAAAACAAAGUUCAGAACAUGGGUGCACAACCCUUUUGGCCCUCAGGCUGAAGGCUGGGUCUCAUGUCGGUAGUGGGUCCAAGGAUUAGAUAAGAGUGUGUACAUGCAUGUUUCCACAUAUCUCAAUAUAAGAAUGGGAGGCUUACACAUUCUUGUGCUGCUUGAUGAAAUUUAAGGGUCACUGAAGACUGGUGGAAAUGAAAAUCUCUUCCAUUCUCCAAUUAUCUUCACUGAGAUAGCUGUUUCCCCAUUGCUAAUAAUGGCUAGAAAGUAAUCAUCUCUGAAGCCAGGCAACAGGAUUUCCUCCCUGAAGCCCAGCUUUUCCAAAGGAAUUCAGAAGAGUCCCCCCUGCUUCAGGGGUCACACAGAGCAUUGGGAAAAGAUGCAUGGAGCCCAUGAGGCCCUGGGUUGUGCACCCCUGGUUUAGAACUUACUAAAGAGACAGCAACUUCAGUUAUGUAUAACCAAGAUGCAAUCCUGCCUGCCAAAAUGGACUUUUGUGUGGAAUCGAUGUGGAACUAUAGAUAACCUGCAGCUGCCCAAAAUGUGGAAUAUGCCAAAAAAAUGAAGCUUUUAUGAGAUCACUGUGGUUUGUAAAACUUUGUAUUUUGAGUAGGAUCACUUUUAAAAAGACAUUUAUAAGUGUAAAAUGAUGCUUUUCCUAGGUUUAGACAGUUUCUACAAUUUUUUAUUAAGUAAACAAUUCCAUCCAUCCAGGGGGAAAUACUCUGUUGCAGCACGUUUAAAAUAUGUGUACCUUUUAUUGUAUUGUUUAACGGAGCAAUCUCUCUAGCCCUGACCUACACUAAAAGUUACAGUUAUGUUCUGUGACAAAUCAUACUUGUUGAAAUCAUUUUCUUGGAUUGGAAUUGGCAUGCGUUCAACAAAACCUGUAAUCUUAUUUAUAAUUGACAUGGUGUGCUGUUUGCCCAAAAUAUUCUCCACAGCUAAAAUUUGAAUUUAAGCCUAAGAUAAAUUUACUUAUUAUUGAUGCCUAGCUAGCAGGUGUCACUCUGCAUACAGUUGAACAUGCAUGAGAUUCCUGGAUGCCAGGUAGCUACUUCUACUUAGGACUUUUAAAAUUCUCUCGAAGUGGAGGGGAAAAUCCAAAAUGGAGUACUGUUUGUAGAAUCCAGCUUUCUGAUGGUCUGCACAUGAAAUAAAAACAAGCAUGGCUGUGA